GCGUUUUCUUGUAGUAGUGAUUGACCACAAGGAAGGCUAAGCAAAGGGAACCUCGCGCAAUUAUGCACAUCUAAAAGGUACUAAAACCACCAAAUUCUCUGCGAUUGUGAAUUCCCAAACUCCUCCAAAGAUCAGGGAGAAACCCCAAAUCCAAAGCUAUGUACUUCCCAACCCUCCCCCUAUUCCUAUUCAUCUCCACCCUUUUCACCACUUCCCUCAGCCUCCCCACCACCGCCCUCAAACCUAGAGACUACACCUCAACUACCGCAAAAAUCGAUACCGUAAUAAGCGACCUCUCCGGACUCGAAACUACCGUCAUCGCAUUCAACGGUGCCCCCGUGGAUGCACAAUCCAUCGGUGCCGCGGCGGGAAAACUCGACAACGACCUUCGCCUCGCCACUGCAGACAUUGGCGCAUCGACAUAUUCCAUUUCAGAAAGCGCUGCGUUGAGGGCUCUGGUGGUGCCGCUAGGGCCUAUUCACACCAACGGAUUGGCGGCGUUAAGUGCUAAAGUACACCCCUUUAUUCCUUUUAGUUUUUCUUGGUAGGGGGAGGGUUCUGAUUGGUUGUAGGUGCCGAUGUUUGCUGCCCUGGGAGUAACUCCACAGGUAAAGGACCAAUUACUCCAGCUAUCGUCUGACAAUGAUGGCUUCUGGACGGCGUUGGCGAGGAAGCUCGCCGCCGGAGAUCGGGAUGCUGUGGCGGCUGCGGGGAAUCAGGCAAGAGUGGCAUAUCAAGAUGCUAUUUCGGAGUUUUGAAUGGGAAGUGUAGCGUAGGGUUAUAGCAAAUGUGUCUGUAUGUG